CCUCACCCUCAUUCUCUCCGGCUUGAGACGCAAGCCACAGACUCCAAGUCGCCUUGCCUAUUUACCAAUAAUGGCCCUCCACCUGUUCUCCUGGUCGCCGCUGCGCACCAUCGGCUCGACUUUCAGUGCUGCAUCCGUUCGUCGCUGGAACUGGACCGCUGCUUCAAGUGCUGCCGCAACCACUGCGCAUGCUUCGAUUCUAAAGGACCACAAAUCUCCACUAUCCCGUCGCCGAGCCCGUCGGUUGUUCAUCGAAGACCAGAAGGCCGUUAACGAAAGCCGUCCCCUGGAGAGAUUCCAGACCCGUGAAUGGAAGGCCGGUGAUAUCUAUGCACCUCACGAUCUCAGUCCUGCGCAGAUGAGAAGGUGGAGAGUGCGCCACUCCCCUUCCACAGAUGUCUUCGACUCCCUGAACUUGAAUCCCUUAACUAUGUACAAGAACUUCUCGAUCAUGUCCGAAUACAUGACUCCCAUGGGCCGGAUCAAGCACCGCAAUGAGACCGGUCUGCGCCCAGUCAAUCAACGGAGAAUGGCCAAGGCUAUCCGCAGAGCAGUCGGGCUUGGGCUGAUGCCCAGUGUUCACCGGCACCCGGAAAUUCUGGCCGCUCAGAUCCAGUCACGUUCGGAGGGAGGCAGCACGUAUUGAGAGAUGUACUUAUAGUUAUCGCAUCGAUGGUGUCGGGGGCUGGGCUUGGCUUGUUCUUUUUAUUCCCUCUUGGGCAUUGUUUCAUGUUGUCAGUUGGCUUGUUGUAAGAUGAUUAUGAAUCUCGGGCGGUGACCAUGUACAGUACUAUACUAUCUCUCUACUAGGCCUUGACGUGAUGCAAUUUGGUAGCGCAUAAC